UGCACAGCCCACGUACAGUAUGUGUCGGUACACAGGGCAGGUUGCACGCACGAGCAACCCUUGUUUUCUCAUAGCGUUAUACGUUAUCCUACACACUGUGUAGCUUCAGACUUCGACGCGGAGAAAUAAAAAAAUCACCGGUGUUUUCUGCUUUUUACGUCUGACCGCGACGAGUUAACGGGUAACAGUAAGACUCUACCGGUACCUUCCCAUGAUGCAUCGGCCCACGCGUUUAAAGAUCACUGACGUCAAUCCCCACCUCAUUUGCAUAUUGUGUGGCGGCUACCUCAUCGACGCCACUACGAUGAUAGAAUGUCUGCACUCUUAUUGCAGAGCGUGCAUCGUUGCAUAUCUACGUCAGAGCCGGCAGUGUCCACGGUGCGACACGGUAGUGCACAAAACCCGACCUUUACUCAACAUAAGAUCCGAUAAAACACUUCAGAAUCUAGUCUACAAACUUGUCCCGAAUCUUUUCAAAGAUGAGAUGAAGCGUAGGAGAGAUUUUUAUGCUCAGCAUCCUCAAGCAAGUACCAGCAUGCAGUCACCGAACGCCCGUGAGGAGCGCGGGGAGGUGUGCGAAGAUUCCCUGGUCAUCUACACGGAGGAUGAACACAUCAGCCUGUCGCUGGACUACUACUUCGCGCAGCCACGCAAGGACGAACGGCAGAAGAUAACUGAUGAAGGGGGUACCAACGCCAACGGCAAGCGGCCGAACGGCGAUGCCAACGGCUUGCCUGGGGACGUUGUCGAGAAGCGAUAUCUCCGCUGUCCCGCUGCCGUCUGCAUCGUACACAUCAAGAAAUUCAUCAGGAAUAAAUUUGGACUCUCCCCGGCGCACAGGAUCGAAGUUGUUCACCAAAAUGGCGAAGAUGAACCUCUUCGCGAUGAUUACACUUUGAUGGAUAUCGCCUACAUCUACACAUGGAGAAGGAAUGGUCCCCUACCUCUCUUGUUCAGAGUUUUCGAGCCUUACUGCAAACGACGAAAAGGGAGCCAGUCUAGUAUCUCGUCCUCGGAAUCAGUCCCAUCCAAGGCCGGGAGUAAGAAACUUUCACCCCCUGCAGCUCAGCGCCAGCGUAGCCCCUCCAAAUCACCCAGCCCCCUGUCUUUCCCGGACAAGGACAAACACUUUCAGAAGCCACAAGCUAAAUGGAAACCUGCUCCAGAAGCCGCCAAAGUGCCAAGCAAGCCGAUUAAAGCUCCCUCGUCGGAUCAGCCUGGACCGUCUAGAAAGUUGCCCUCACUCGACAGAAAUGCAAAUGUGCCGCAGAAAAAUAAUCUUGGUAAACAUGAGAAACCGACUACGUCUUCCGCAUCAACCCCCUUCAAGAAAAGUUCCUCUACGAACACACAGGUCAAGAAUACUAUUAUUGUGACGUCGGCGAAUCCUGUGUCUACGUCAUCAGUAACUGUGGCCAGUGCCUCGUUGAUUGUACCCAAGAUCGCAAACAGCUUGUUACCCGUUGUUGUCAACUCACCAAAGACUGAUUCGGGUUCUUUAAAUGGUAAAGUGCCGUCACCAAAGCCUGACAAGUCAUCGGCAAAGACUAGUUUGACAUCACCAAAGGCAGAAAUGAAGUCAUCGAUGGCAGAAAUGACGUCACGGAAAGUUUCCCUGACAUCAUCGAAAGAAUCAACUCCGGCGUCGAAAGCAGAACUGGUGUCACCAAAGUCAGGAACUACUUCAUCGAGUUCAACUAUUUCUUCAGCAAAAGUUGACGUGAUAUCGGCGGCGACAGGCACGACCAUGACAUCGACAAAGACACAGAUGUCACCAAAACCAACCGCGACGUUGUCCAAAAAUAACAAGGUCACAUCAAAGCCAGAUAUGGCGUCGACCAAGCCCGACAUGACGUCAUCGAAUCCUGGUACGACGUCAUCGAAUCCUGGUACGACGCCGUCGAAUCCCGACACGUCACUAAAGUCCGACGUGAUUAAACCAAAGCCAGACGUGACGUCACAAAAGGCUGAUACCCCUCCGAUCAGCUUUACCCUUUCUAGUGCCCUUAUGUUGCCUUCACAGGUGAAAGAUACGUCUGCUAAUGUCAAGGCAUCAGAACCAGCUGAAACGGAUAAAGGUGUGACCACCUCAAACGCAAAAGUGACUCCACCAGCUGCAAGAAGUGACAUCAAAGAGGAAGAAAAAUUGGCUACACCUGAGGUGAAAAGCGAGGAUAUCGCUGCCAAGCAGACUAAGAAUGAGAUCAAAAUGGACCAAUCGGCGUUGCUUACGGCUGUUGUGAAGGUAGACCAAAAUGCUGAGACCACGCCCACAGAGAAGACCACGCCCACAGAGAAGACCCCGCCCACAGAAAACAGUAGCGCGCCCGAAGAGCCAAUGGACGUGUCUGUUUCUGAUGGCGUCAUGAUUGACACGCCCGUGUUGUUGCAGACGUGAUCUCUUGAGGUAUUUGCUUACUUUUGGUUUGCAUCCAGCGGAUCUUUGGGACCUGUUUCAACCAAAGUUGUACAAAGUUGGAAUCGUUAUUCCAUUACAAGUUUUUCUUGAACUGUUGCAUAAAACAUAAGCAUUGUAUAAUCAAACAAGGUGUUUAAGAUGUAAUUUUUUAAGAAACUACUCGAAUUACGCAAUACGAUUAUAUUUUUAUUAAGGCAGACAAUGUGUUGUCAGAAUAAUUUGCUAUUGAUGGAAGUUCCCCUGUUUUCAAGAUGGAAGUUGUAAAAGUUAUUAGAUUUGAAUUGUUUCUUGUAAUUGGCAAGUUGCACAUUCCCUUUUUGCUUCAUUCACCUGCAAGAGAGCCAGUUCCUUCCCGUCACCUGUUUAUACCAAGUACAUGUACUAGCCAAAUUUCUAAUCUACGUCAAAGUGAACUUUACCCAAAUUAGAUUUUAGUGCAAAGUAGUCCUAAAUAGAAUAAAGUGCAAAACAUUCCUUUGCCACAGAUGUCAUAAAUUGUGUCCAGUAAACAAUAUGCAUACCUUUUGAAAAUGUUAAGUAAUAGUUGACGAUUUUUUUUCAACCAUUGCAGCAAAAUGUAAAGCAGAGAUGAAGAUGAUUGAACCUAUUGUACAAUGGAAAGAUUAUUGAGAGUGUCUGUGAAACAAAUUACGUGCAAAUUUGCUUAUUUCAACCAAUAUCCAUGCCUUGAUUACUUUUUCGAAUUGGUACCAUGAAACAAACAUUCACAAGUUUUGUGCAAGUUCCACCGUUAAUAGUAUUUAAUAGUUUUCCUUCAAUGUUAAGUACUCACUGAUCCGUUUGAGCGAUAGGCCUAUAAUCCUUCGGCCCAAAACAUGAAAAAUAAAAGAGACGAUGCUUUGAUUUAGAGAGCACGUUCCCGUUAUAAAUGUCGCCUUCUACGAAUUACGAGGGAAUAUGAAGUAAAGUUUGUAGAAAAACGAGGCCUAAAUCGGUCACAUUUACCUUUUAAUUGUGUUAAUUCGUUUGUCGAUGGAUCAACAUUAAAUUUGAUUCAUGCACAUAAGA